GGGAGUCCAGGAAGGAGGUGAGGAGAACUGGCAAUACUCCCUGCCACCCCCAUUUUCCAGAUGACGCGACUGAGGCCCAACCAGCUUUGUAGGAGGCGGAGUCUCCCCAGGGUCCCUCUUAGGCUGUCCUAGGGGAGGGGGCUCUGGGAGCUACGAGGCCCCUCCCAGCACUCUUCUCCCGGCAAGCACGGAGGGGUGGGGAGAGAGAGCAGGAAGAGGAGAACUCCUGCAGCACUGCAGAGGGGUCAGGCAGCUCCGCUCCGGUGUACCCCCAGCCCCACCGCUGUUGCUGCCACUGCAGUAGGGACACAGGCUUGGCUGUGGCUGCUUCUUUCAUUCCUGCUGCUGCUGCCGCUGCUACUGCUACUGCCCAACACACACUGCCUGCCCCUUGGGGUGUGGUUUCCCCAGACCUGCCCCCAUCAGUGGGACCCAGUCUUCCCCCAUCCUACCUUCUCCUGGCCUCCCCUACCAGCCUGCUAAUUGAUCCAGCAGCCCCCUUCCUGAAGACACACCCAACUCCCUUUCAAAACCCCACCCCCCUCCAACCCAUUUUUGGGGAACCCCUUUCCUUUUAGUCUUUUGAAAUUCCCUGGGUGCUCAGGGUCUGUGUCCAACUUUGGUUCAGUUAAGUCCUGUCCCCUUGGGAUUCCUCAAGCCCCUUUUUCCUUCACCCCAGAACUCUUCAGAGUGGACCAAGCUUCCUCAAUUGCCCCAGAUCCUCCCCCAGAUAUCUCCUGGUCUCUGCAAAAAUAACCCAGCCCCAUAUCUACCCCUUUAACCAUUCCACUUCCGUCUUUGCUGUAUUAGGGGUCCUUACCUCUCCUACUUUGCCCAGAGCUCUUCCAGUGCACAUACAACACCCCCCAGGCUAUUCUUGCAGCUCUAGGUACUUCCAAGACACUUUUCAUCUGCUCAUCUCCAUGGGUGGAUCACCUCCUGCCUGUAUAGUCACCCUUGAGAUACACCAGCCCAUUUCAGAUCCAUGAGGAACCUCCAACCCCCUUAUCAUUUCCCCUGAAGUCUUGAGAAUGUGGGCAACCCUCCUCCCUGUUCCCAGCCUGUCUAGAGGCUAUCCCAGCCUCUUUCAAGCAUCUUUAGCCCACUGGAUGCCCCAAACUCCUCUUUAGACCUACUAAGGGGUUCCAGCCCCUUCUCCCUUCCCUGAGAAAUCAAAAGUGUAGACAACACUCCCCCCCCACACACAUACCCCAGAUUAUUCAUUCCUCUAAACCUCUGGACAUCUUCAGGCACAUGCUGACUACUGUAGAAUCAUGUGUCUCUACACCUGAGGAUCUUUGUUGGCCCCUCUUGCUAUAGUCCCUUCUCAGUCCCUUAGGAUACCACCCAGGCCCUUCCUAGACCCUUUUAAUGCCCCUGAAGCACCUGCCCAUCUCUCUAGUUCCUCCUCGUGGUUCUUCUUGGCCUCUCUAGAGACCCCCAGUUUCCUUGUCCCGGUGGCCCAGGGCCUCUCCAAGUCCCCACCAUCCUGGAGACAGCCACAUUUUCCUAAACACCAAUCCCCGUCUCCUGGGCCUGGGGAGCCGCAGGAUGGCGGCAGGUGUGGCCACAUGGCUACCCUUCGCACGGGCAGCUGCAGUGGGAUGGCUGCCCCUGGCCCAACAGCCCCUACCCCCAGCGCCAGGGGUGAAGGCAUCUCGAGGGGAUGAAGUUCUGGUGGUGAAUGUUAGCGGCCGGCGCUUUGAGACCUGGAAGAACACACUAGAUCGCUACCCAGACACUCUGCUGGGCAGUUCUGAGAAAGAGUUCUUCUAUGACGCUGACUCGGGCGAGUACUUCUUUGAUCGCGACCCGGACAUGUUCCGGCAUGUGCUGAACUUCUACCGCACGGGCCGACUGCACUGCCCACGGCAGGAAUGCAUCCAGGCCUUUGAUGAAGAGCUGGCUUUCUAUGGCCUGGUGCCGGAGCUAGUGGGCGACUGCUGCCUUGAAGAGUACCGGGACCGCAAGAAGGAGAAUGCUGAGCGCCUGGCAGAGGACGAGGAGGCGGAACAGACCGGGGAUGGCCCAACUCUGCCAGGAGGCAGCUCGUUGCGGCAGCGGCUCUGGCGCGCCUUUGAGAACCCACACACGAGCACUGCAGCCCUGGUUUUCUACUAUGUGACCGGUUUUUUCAUUGCUGUAUCAGUCAUCGCGAAUGUGGUAGAGACCAUCCCAUGCCGCAGCCCUUCACGGAGGCUGUCGAGGGAGCAGUCCUGUGGUGACCGCUUCCCGACGGCCUUCUUCUGCAUGGACACGGCCUGCGUACUCAUAUUCACUGGAGAAUACCUCCUGCGGCUCUUUGCAGCCCCCAGCCGUUGCCGCUUCCUACGGAGCGUCAUGAGCCUCAUCGACGUGGUGGCGAUACUUCCCUACUACAUUGGGCUUUUUGUGCCCAAGAACGAUGAUGUCUCAGGUGCCUUUGUCACCUUGCGUGUGUUCCGGGUCUUCCGCAUCUUCAAGUUCUCCAGGCACUCGCAGGGCUUGAGGAUUCUGGGCUAUACACUCAAGAGUUGUGCCUCUGAGCUGGGCUUUCUUCUCUUUUCCCUCACCAUGGCCAUCAUCAUCUUUGCCACUGUCAUGUUCUAUGCUGAGAAAGGCACCAGCAAGACUAACUUUACGAGCAUCCCUGCUGCCUUCUGGUACACCAUUGUCACCAUGACCACACUUGGCUAUGGAGACAUGGUGCCCAGCACCAUUGCUGGCAAGAUUUUCGGGUCCAUCUGCUCACUCAGUGGCGUCUUGGUCAUUGCUCUGCCUGUGCCAGUCAUUGUGUCCAACUUUAGCCGCAUCUACCACCAGAACCAGCGUGCGGACAAGCGCCGAGCACAGCAGAAGGUGCGCUUGGCAAGGAUUCGGUUGGCAAAGAGUGGUACCACCAAUGCCUUCCUGCAAUACAAGCAGAAUGGGGGGCUAGAGGACAGCAGCAGUGGGGAGGGACAGGCACUGUGUGUCAGGAACCGAUCUGCUUUUGAACAGCAACAUCAUCAUUUGCUGCACUGUCUAGAGAAGACAACGUGCCAUGAAUUCACAGAUGAACUAACCUUCAGUGAAGCCCUGGGAGCUGUCUCACUGGGUGGGCGCACCAGCCGCAGCACCUCUGUGUCCUCUCAGCCGGUGGGACCUGGAAGCCUGCUAUCAUCUUGCUGCCCACGCAGGACCAAGCGCCGUGCCAUUCGCCUUGCCAACUCCACUGCCUCUGUCAGCCGUGGGAGCAUGCAGGAGCUGGACAUGCUAGCAGGGCUGCGAAGGAGCUCUGCCCCUCAGAGCCGCUCAAGCCUCAAUGCCAAGCCCCAUGACAGCCUUGACCUGAACUGUGACAGCCGGGACCUCGUGGCCGCCAUUAUCAGUAUCCCUACCCCUCCUGCCAACACACCAGAUGAGAGCCAACCAUCCUCCCCUGGUGGCGGCAGCAGCAGUGGUGGCAGGGCCAGCAGUGCUCUCAGGAACUCCAGCCUGGACACCCCCUGCCUCCUCCCUGAGACUGUCAAGAUCUCUUCCCUGUGAGGGGCAAGCCUCCCCAUUCAGAAGGCCCUCCUCAUUCUUAGGUACUCCUUUCCAAAGCCAUAUUUUGGGGAGGCAGAGAGGAACAGGCCUGGGGACUUCUCUGCCCUCUGCCAAGAACUAUGCAAUGGAGUUUUAUGAAAUGAUCCACUUGGGGGAAAGGAGUCAGGGAGUGGGAAACUGCCCCCCUAGACAGUAGUCCUGGUGGGAGCUGAAGCACUGAGCUUCCAUAGACCUCUGGCUUCCUUGCCCCAGCACCCUGGGACUGGCCCCUCUCCCCGAGCUGGCCUCCUGCAUGCUUUUUCCUCCAGGACCUCAGAAAUAAGUAAAGCUCCCCUCUGACAUCUGAGUUCUGGCUGUUGAGGAGAGGUGAGAUUUCCUCUUUUCUCUGGCAGGGUUAUGGGAGUUUGGGGCUUUAGAGAAGGCAACCCUUACCUCUCACCUGGCCUCUAGGAGAGAUAUCCGCUCCUACUCCAGGCCCAGCAAUUCAUAGAUUUCAAGGCUUGAAGUGCAACCAUGGGCUUCUGGGCUGUGGGUUCAGCAGUAAUCUGCCACCCCCAGGUCUUGGCCAAGGGGUCAUGCUGCCUCUCCCAACACACAGAUAGCACAAACACCACUCCCCUCUUCCCUGGCUGCAAAAAAUGGGUCUCUACCACACUGUCCUCUGCUGGGCCCCACAGUAAACUCUAGCAAUAGCAGCUACUGCCAUGACAAUAUACAAAGCCUCUGACCAGUUUGCUGCAGCUUUUAACCUGCCCCAAUCAGAUGGGCCACCUCUAACUAUUUCUUCUCCUCUGGUUUGCCUCCUUUUUGGGCUGGGCUGGGUUGGAGUCUGGACUGGUUUAGAUAAGAGCCUGGCAGCCUAAAGAGCUGAGUUUGGAGAUCAUGGGCCAAGUCUAUGUUCUUGGGCAGGAAUCUAGAAGUUUCAGGGGCCAAAAACUGGGUUGUUCCUGAACUCUGGGAGGUUCAAGAGACAGAAGGAUCUUCUCGAUCACCUUCUCUUCCCUUACAGCUCCUUGUCACAUAUUCUCCUCUUUUCCCUUUUGGGUCACCUUCCAGAACUCUGCUCUCAGGCUGAAAUCUGGCAUCUCAGGCUCCCUGUCUCCAGUACUGUCCCCAUGAAGCUGGCAGCUGACAAAGAUGUAGUUUCUAGUCAAUAAAACCAAGAGGAGAGAUGA